AUGACCAGUGUGGCAGAAUGGCUCGUGCAGAACAAGGACAAGAUCGAGAAGGCGGUGGAGAUCAUGGGACAGGCCUCCGCAGUCCUGGCUGCCACUGUGGGCCAGCUCCAUCCCAUCCUGGAGGCCGUGUUCGUAGCCUCCUCUGAGAUCCUCAGCAACCCGGAAGGACAGGACGUCGGCUACCUGACUGAGCAGUUCAGCAUUGUCAACCAGAAACUGGAAGGCAUCCAGGCUGAGAGCGAACAAAUCGCACUGGAGCAGCAGAAUACCUCCUUGAAUAAGCAGAACUUUGACCAUGAGGCACAAAUGCUCAGCCAGUACGAGAAGUUCCAGGACUUUGUCAACGCCAAGCCCAAGUUCAAAAAUAAGAAGAUGGAGAAGUUCCUCAGCCAUUAUAAGAUCACGGACGCAGACUUGAACCUGGACGCCCUCUACAAUGAUGUUACUGGGGACAAUACCUCAGGUCGCCCCACGCUGGAGAUAGUGCUUGACACAGAACAAAGGAGUAGAAGGGCGGUAGAAGAUUUCUGUGCCAGGCUUAAGAAGCUCUUUGUGGUGGGCAUCAUUGCCGUCAUGGCUUACGCCAGCCUCAAGGAAGGGGUUGUGGGGGAUGAGAUGGUGAAGAAGUGGCAGGAGUGUAUGAAAGAUGUUGAGAACCGCAUGAAAGCAGCAGUGGACGAUUGCACUGAAAACUUCGCCAAUCAAGCCAAAAUGGACAUGGAAAACCAGCUUCGGGAGAAACCUGGAAGUGUUGACCUUGACUUCACCAAAUCCAUAUUGGACACCCUUGUUAAGAAAUAUGACUGGGUGAGCUGGUGUGUCAUGGUCUUCAAUGACAAGGAGCGCAUUUUCUUUUUCAACUGGCUAGCUGGAAAGAACUACCAUGGCAGUGAAGGAAGAGCUAAUUACUUUGAUGUGAUGACCAAGAACAACACCAAAGUGGUGAUCUCUUUCAGUGUUGAGCCUAAGCCUAUCAACAAGGGUCUGAUCCACCAACAGAUUGAUGGGCAGAAACUGAAGAGGAACAUGACGGAUGUGGCUCAGGUCCUCAACAGAAGCCUCCCCAACUGCCAGGUGCAUGCUGUCAGCUACCAUAAGAAAGUGGUGGAGACCAACAACUUCCAAGAGGAUUGUUACUACUAUGGACAACACCAAAAUGUGUACCUAUGCAUUCAUCCUAAUUAGCUUUUUGUUUCACUAUGCAAUGGAAAACCAUGAAUAAAAUGCAUUGAUGUUUAUAUAUGAGUUUAGAGGUGUUUUUAAACAUAGGUCAUGCUUUAGCUGGUGAUUGUGGGAAAUGUAAUCUCUUAUAUUUAUUUGCUUAUCGGCAUGGUAGAUUCUUGUGUAGUUUGUGAUAGUUUAAACUAUCAGGAUUUGUAUGUGUAUAAAAAUGUAUAUGAUACAUUUUAUGUCAGGCUAUCUACUCAACAACAGUGACAAUGUAUGAGAACUUGGUACUUCCUUCUACCUAAGAGAAAAGUAAGAUACCUUAUUUUACCUACAUUUUUUGUAUUUCAUGAUUACCAUAAUUACAUUACCAUACCAGCCAGCAUAAAUAAGCUAUUUCUGGGUUUUCUUUUAAAUAGAUUUGCUAAAUGUAUAAAUACGUGUUUUCACUUUGUAAUUAUGGGGUAUUGAGUGUAGAUUGCACAGUGCCUUCGGAAAGUCUUCAGACCCCUUGACUUUUUCAAAAUGUUUCCUUACAGCCUUAUUCUAAAAUUGAUUAAAAAAAUUAAAAUUCUCAGCAAUCUACACACAAUACCCCAUAAUGAAAAAGUGAAAACAGGUUUUUAGAAAUGUUGACAAAUGUAUAAAAAUAAUACCUUAUUUACAGAAGCAUUCAGACCCUUUGCCAUGAGACUUGAAAUUGAGCUCAGGUGCGUCCUGUUUCCAUUGAUUUGCCUUGAGACACUUCUACAACUUGAUUGGAGUCAACCUGUGGUAAACUCAAUUGAUUGGACAUGAUUUGGAAAGGCACACACCUGUCUAUAUAUGGUCCCACAGUUGGCAGUGCAUGUCAGAGCAAAAAACAAAGCCAUGAGGUCGAAGGAAUUGUUCGUAGAGCUCUGAGACAGGAUUUUAUCGAGGCACAGCUCUGGGGAAGGGUGCCAAAAAUGUUUUGCAGCAUUGAAGGUCCCCAAGAACACAGUGGUCUCCAUCAUUCCUAAAUUGAAGACGUUUGGAACCACCAAGACUCUUCCUAGAGCUGGCCGCCCGUUAAAACUGAGCAAUCGGGGGAGAAGGGCCUUGGUCAGGGAGGGGACCAAGUACCCGAUGGUCACUCUGACAGUGCUCUAGAAUCCCUCUGUGGAGAUGGAAGAACCUUCCAGAAGGACAACCACCUGUGCAGCACUCCACCAAUCAGGCCUUUAUUGUAGAGUGGCCAGACGGAAGCAACUCCUCAGUAAAAGGCACAUGACAGCCUGCUUGGAGUUUGCCAAAAGGCACCUAAAGGACUCUCAGAACAUGAGAAACAAGAUUCUCUGGUCUGAUGAAACCAAGAUUGAACUCUUUGGCCUGAAUGCCAAGAGUCACGUCUGGAGGAAACCUGGCACCAUCCCUGCGGUGAAGCAGGGUGGCAGCAUCAUGCUGUGGGGGUGUUUUUCAGCAGUAGGGACUGGGAGACUAGUCAGGAUUGAGACAAAGAUGAACGGAGCAAAGUACAGAGAGAUCCUUGAUGAAAACCUGCUCCGGACCUCAGACUGGGGCGAAGGUUCACCUUCCAACAGGACAACGACCCUAAGCACACAGCCAAGACAACACAGGAGUGGAUUCGGGACAAGUCUCUGAAUUUCCAUGAGUGGCACAGCCAGAGCCCGGACUUGAACCCGAUCAAACAUCUCUGGAGAGACAUGAAAAUAGUUGUGCAGCAAUGCUCCCCAUCCAACCUGACAGAGCUUGAGAGGGUUUGCAGAGAAGAAUGGGAGAAACUCCCCACAUACAGGUGUGCCAAGCUGUCAUGGAUUCUGCCGAGGCUGCCCCUCCUCCUUGCUCGGGCAGGCUUCGGCGUUCGUCGUCACCGGAAUACUAGCUGCUGCCGAUCUAUGUUUCUAUGUUGCACCUGUUGUCUAUUGUCACACACCUGUUGCCCAUUAUUGUAUCACGCCUUCCCUAUUUAACCCAGUGGCUCCCAAUGUGUUUUGUGCAUGGUUGUUUUCAUUUUGUGUGUCGUUGGUGAGUGGGUUAGUUCCUCCCUGUGUGGAGGUAUUUUCUGUAUUGUAUUCUUUACUCAUUUUCAGUAAAGUAUGUUUCUUCGAGUUCUGUGUCCUGCGCCUGACUUCGAUCCACCACAUUACACUGACACUCGUGACAGAACCACGCACCAUUUAUGGAGUCAGCAGGUACAGCCAGUCAGUUCGAAUCAAUGGAGGAACGAUUUCAAUGACAGGAGAGUAUCAUCCAGGCUCUCGGCACCGCAAUGGAGAGGGUGAUGAAUACUAUGGACCGUUGGGAGAGAGGUGGCCUUCCCACACCUCCUCCAACCACUCUACCACCCAUACCACAGUCCAACCCUUCGCCACCUGGACCCAGUGGGAUUCGGCUCUCGCUCCUGAGGGCAUAUGACGGUACACCAGACGGGUGUCAGGGUUUCUUUCUCCAGGUAGAGCUCUACCUGGCAACCAUUCACCCGGCGCCCUCGGGAUACGAGAGUGUCUCCUGUCUGUCGGGGAAUGCGCUCGAGUUGGCCAACGCCGAGUGGCGAGGAAUUGACGCUGCAUCGGUCUGCUACAAGGAUUUCACCUGCCGCUUCCGGGGCAGUAUUCGAUCAUCCACCGGAGGGGAGAGCGGCGGGCGAGCGUCUGUUCCACCUACGACAGGAGAGGAGGAGCGCCCAGGAUUUUGCGCUGGACUUCAGGACGUUGGCAGCCAGCGCCGGAUAGAAUGAGAGGGCCCUGAUCGACCACUAUCGGUGCAGCCUAAGGGAGGACGUUCGGCGGGAACUGGCCUACAGUGAUACCAACCUCAACCUGGACCAACUGGUGACGAUGUUUAUCAGGCUGGAUAACCUGUUGGAGACCCGCAGACGUUCUGAUCAGGGCCCAUUCAUUCCAUCCCCCAGCACCUCCGACUCUACCCCCAUGGAGCUCGGAGGUGCUGCGCUUAGGGUUACCAGGGAGUCGAGGCAGUAAGCAGAGCACUGGUCGACCAUCUCAGGUGAGUAGGCACCCGACUCACCCAGAGCUCCCUGUUGGUCAGUUGUGUAUAGUGGUUGUGUUUCCAGAGUUUUCCCAGCAUAAGGCACUAGUAGAUUCAGGCGCAGCUGGGAAUUUUAUUGAUCGUCAAUAUUCUCAUAGGUUAGGGAUUCCUACUGUUCGUGUGGAUGUGCCCUUCCCUGUCCACGCAUUAGAUAGUCGCCCGCUAGGGUCAGGUCUAAUCAGGGAGUUACCGCACCACUCUUAAUGAGGACGCAGGGGAGUCAUGAGGAGAGGAUUAGUCUCUAUCUGAUUGAUUCUCCUGCGUAUCCUGUGGUGUUGGGACUUCCCUGGUUAACCACUCAUGAUCCCACUGUUUCCUGGCAACAGAGGGCUCUCAAGGGAUGGUCCAGUCAGUGCUCAGGGAGGUGUGUAGGGUUUUCCUUGGGGGCUACUACGGUGGAGAGUCCAAACCAGGUCUCCACAGUGCACAUUCCUUCUGAGUAUGCCAAUUUGGCUCUCGCCUUCAGUAAGAAGAGGGCGACUAAAUUACCACCCCAUCGUCCGGGGGAUUGUGCGAUAAAUCUCCAGGUAGGCGCUGCACUUCCCCGGAGUCACGUGUAUCCUCUGUCACAGGCGGAGAAGGCGGCUAUGGAAACAUAUGUCUCAGAAUCUCUGAGACAGGGAUACAUUCGGCCUUCCACUUCACCUGCCUCCUCGAGUUUCUUUUUUGUGAAGAAGGAUGGAGGUUUACGCCAGUGCAUUGACUAUCGUGGGCUAAAACAGAUCACUGUGAAGUACAGUUACCCACUGCCUCACAUAGCCAGUGUGACAGAGUCAUUGCACGGGGCGCGCUUCUUCACCAAUUUGGAUCUCAGGAACGUUUACAACCUGGUGCGUAUCCGGGAGGGGGAUGAGUGGAAGAUGGCAUUUAGUACCACCUCUGGGCACUAUCAGUACCUCGUCAUGCCGUAGGGGUUGAUGAAUGCUCCAUCUUUUCAGGGACCUGCAUGGGCAGGGUGUAGUGGUGUAAAUAGAUGACAUUCUAAUAUACUCCGCUACACGUGCCGAGCAUGUGUCCCUGGUGCGCAAGGUGCUUGGUCGACUGUUGGAGCAUGACCUGUACGUCAAGGCUGAGAAAUGUCUGUUCUUCCAACAGUCCGUCUCCUUCCUAGGGUACCGCCUCAGGGGUGGAGAUGGAAAAUGACCGCAUUUCAGCCGUGCGUAAUUGGCCGACUCCAACCACGGUAAAGGAGGUGCAGCGGUUCUUAGGGUUUGCCAACUACUACCGGAGGUUUAUCCGGGGCUUUGGUCAGGUAGCGGCUCCCACUACCUCCUUGCUGAAGGGGGGACCGGUGCGACUGCAGUGGUCAGCUGGGGUGGACAGGGCUUUUGGUCACCUGAACAGGGCUUUUGGUCACUCGGCUCAUCCUGAUCCCUCCUUGGCAUUCAUAGGCUGGGAUAGGAGCUGUGCUGUCUCAGCGCUCAGGUACGCCACCAAAGCUCCGCCCCUGUGCUUUCUUUUCGAAGAAGCUCAGCCCGGCGGUGCGAUACUAUCGAGGGGGCCCCGGCGUAUACUGUACGAGCCAUCAUGGACUCAAGACGUCGGGCGAGGGGCCUUCAGUACCACGUGGAGUGGGAGGGUACGGUCCGGAGGAGAGAUGCUGGGUGCCGGUGGAGGACAUCCUGGACCCUUCGCCCCGUCCUCCGUGUCGUCCCCGAGGCCAGUGUCGGUGUGCUGCUGGAGCCGCACGUCAAAGGGGGGGUACCGUUACGACUUCCGCCAAAGUUGGUGCCUCUCCUUGUGCGGGCGGCUAUCGGCGGUCGUCGUCACCGGCUUUCUAGCUGCCACAGAUCUACGUUUCUGUUUUCCAUUUGUUUUGUCUUGUUUGUACACACCUGGUUCCCAUCGUAUGAUGAUUAUUUCCCUAUAUAACCCUCUGGUUUCCACAUGGUUUUGUGCGUGUUUGUUUCUUGUGUUGUGUCAUCCGCUUUUGUGAGCUGGUGUGUUUUCCCUGCGUGGAAAUUAGUGUUUGUUAAAGUACAUUGUGUACUCAGUUCUGUGUCCUGUGCCUGACUCCAUCCUACCGCUGCACAUUUGACACACUGACAGCGACAUCAUUGAUAUACACAGAGAAUAGAGUCGCCCGAGAAUUUAACCCUGUGGCACCCCCAUAGAGACUGCCAGAGGUCCAGACAACAGGCCCUCCGAUUUGACACAUUGAACUCUAUCUGAGAAGUAGUUGGUGAACCAGGCGAGGCAGUCAUUUGAGAAACCAAGGCUAUUUAGUCUGCCAAUAAGAAUGCGGUGAUUGACAGAGUCAAAAGCCUUGGCCAAGUCGAUAAAGACGGCUGCACAGUACUGUCUUUUAUCGAUCGCGGUUAUUAUAUCGUUUAGGACCUUGAGCGUGGCUGAGGUGCACCCAUGACCAGCUCGGAAACCAGAUUGCAUAGCGGAGAAGGUACGGUCGGAUUCGAAAUGGUCGGUGAUCUGUUUGUUAACUUGGCUUUCAAAUACUUUUGAAAGGCAGGGCAGGAUGGAUAUAGGUCUGUAACAGUUUGGAUCUAGAGUGUCACCCCCUUUGAAGAGGGGGAUGACCGUGGCAGCUUUCCAAUCACUGGGGAUCUCAGACGAUACGAAAGAGAGGUUGAACAGGCUAGUAAUAGUGGUUGUGACAAUUUCGGCAGCUAAUUUUAGAAAGAAAGGGUCCAGAUUGUCUACCCCAGCUGAUUUGUAGGGGUCCAGAUUUUGCAGCUCUUUCAGGACACCAGCUAUCUGAAUUUGGGUGAAGGAGAAGCGGGGGGGGGGUAUUUGGCAAGUUGCAGCAGAGGGUGCAGAGCUGGUGGCCGGGGUAGGGGUAGCCAGGUGGAAAGCAUGGCCAGCCGUAGCAAAAUGCUUAUUGAAAUUCUCGAUUAUCGUAGAUUUAUCGGUGGUGACAGUGUUUCCUAGCCUAGCUGGGAGGAGGUGCUCUUAUUCUCCAUGGACUUUAAAGUGUCCCAAAACUUUUUGGAGUUAGUGCUACAGGAUGCAAAUUUCUGUUUGAAAAAGCUAGCCUUUGCUUUCCUAAUUGAUUGUAUAUAUUGGUUCCUGACUUCCCUGAAAAGUUGCAUAUCGCGGGGGCUGUUCGAUGCUAAUGCAGUACGCCACAGGAUGUUUUUGUGCUGGUCAAGGGCAGUCAAGUCUGGGGUGAACCAGGGGCUAUAUCUGUUCUUAGUUCUUAAUUUUUUGAAUGGGGCAUGCUUAUUUAAGAUGGAGAGGAAAGCACUUUUGAAGAACAUCCAGGCAUCCUCUACUGACGGAAUGAGGCCAAUAUCCAUCCAGGAUACCUGGGCCAGGUCAACUAGAAAGGCCUGCUCGCUGAAGUGUUUUAGGGAGCGUUUGACAGUGAUGAGGGGUGGUCGUUUGACCGCGGACCCAUUACGGAUGCAGGCAAUGAGGCAGUGAUCGCUGAGAUCCUGCUUAUAGACAUCGGAGGUGUAUUUAGAGGGUAAAUUAGUCAGGAUGAUAUCUAUGAGGGUGCCCAUGUUUACAGAUUUAGGGUUGUACCUGGUAGGUUCCUUGAUAAUUUGUGUGAGAUUGAGGGCAUCUAGUUUAGAUUGUAGGACGGCUGGGGUGUUAAGCAUAUCCCAGUUUAGGUCACCAAGCAGUACAAACUCUGAGGAUAGAUGGGGGGCAAGCAAUUCACAUAUGGUGUCCAGGGCACAACUGGGGGCUGAGGGGGUCUGUAGCAAGCGGCAACAGUGAGAGACUUAUUUCUGGAAAGGUGGAUUUUUAGAAGUAGAACCUCAAACUAUUUGAGCACAGACCUGGAUAGUAUGAUAGAGCUCUGCAGGCUAUCUCUACAGUAGAUUGCAACUCCGCCCCCUUUGGUAGUUCUAUCUAGACGAAAUGUCUGAAUUUUUGGUGGCCUUCCUAAGCCAGGAUUCAGACACUACUAGAACAUCAGGGUUGGCAGAGUGUGCUAACGCAGUGAAUAACUCAAACUUGGGGAGGAGGCUUCUGAUGUUGACAUGCAAGAAUCCAAGGCUUUUACGGUUACAGAAGUCAACAAAUGAUAGCGCCUGGGGAGUAGGAGUGAUACUAGGGGCUACAGGGCCUGGGUUAACCUCUACAUCACCAGAGGAACAGAGGAGGAAUAGAAUAAGGAUACGGCUAAAGGCUUUAAGAACUGGUCUUCUAGUGCGUUGGGCACAGAGAAUAUAAGGGGCAGAUUUCCGGGCGUUGUAGAAUAGAUUCAGGGCAUUAUGUACAGUCAAGGAUAUGGAAGGAUAUGAGUACAGUGGAGGUACACGUAAGCAUUGGGUAACAUUGAAAGAGGUAGCAACACUGGAGGUACCGAUUGAGUUGGUCUCCGCGUGUAUGCGGGGUGGAACAAAGGAGCUCUCUGAGGCUGGUUGAGCGGGACUGGAGGUUCUACAGUGAAAUAGUACAAUAAGAACUAGCCCAAACAGCAAUAGGCUAGGCAUAUUGAAAUGGGAGAAAGGCAUAAUGCAAUCACAGGUGUUAUUCGAGAGGGCUAAGACAACAACUGGUAAUGGUGACGAAAGUUUGGGCUGAGGCUAAACAGAUAAACAGCAUAGGGUACCGUGUAAAGGAACAGUCCAGCAGGCAUCAGCUGUGUAGCUGAGUGAUCAUAAGGUCCAGUGAACAGCAAUAGCUAUGUCCGGGAGCAGUUUUUAGGCUGCUACAGCACAGGAGAGCAGGAGGCACGGCUGUUGAUUGCGCGUGCUAGCGGGCCGGGGCUAGCAGAUGGAUCUUUGUGGUCGUCGCAACGGGAAGCCUGUUGAAACCACAUCAGACGAUUACGUCGGCAGACCAGUCGUGAUGGAUCGGCGGGGCUCUGUGUCGACACCAGGAGGUCCCGUCCGGUUGACAGAGGUAGAUAGCCAGGAGAUGGGCCUGGCUCGAGGCCAGCUCAAGGCUAACUGGUGCAUCGGGACAGUGGUGAAUUAGCCAACAACAGCCAUUCGGUUGCAGCUAGCAAGUUGCGAUGAUCCGGUGUUAAGGUCCAGUGAUUCAGUGAUUCCGGCAGAAAAUCCGAUAUGCUCUGGGUCGAUAGUACGCUGUGCAGACCGAUAAUUGUCCAGGCUAGAGCUGGCUGGUAGGUAGUGCAGGCCACGGACAGUGGUGAAGACCGCUAACAGUGCCUAAUAGCAAGUAGCUAGUUAGCUGGCUAGCUGACUAGUUUCAGCCAUAGGAUCUUGAUAAAAAUAAAGAAAUAAUAGAAUCUGUGGGUUGCAGGAAAGUAUAUUUGGUUAAAGGAUGGGAAGUGAGAUAGAAAUAUAUCCGAAAAAAAGAUAAAAACUAAAAAACUGGCUAUUUGCACGAGGACACAACAGUAUACACGAACACACUGCUACGCCAUCUUGGAUUCAAUUAUGCUUGCCCAUACCAUAACCCCACUGCCACCAUGGUGCACUCCGAUGCCAUACACGCUGUCUGCCAUCUGCCUGGUACAGUUGAAACAAGGAUUAAUCCAUGAAGAGGGCACUACUCCAGCGUGCCAGUGGCCAUGGAAGGUAGCAUUUUCCCACUGAAGUCGUUUAAGAUGCCGAGCUGCAGUCAGGUCAUGACCCUGGUGAGGAUGACGAGCACGCAGAUGAGCUUCCCUGAGAUGGUUUCUGACGGUGUAUGCAGAAAUUCUUCGGUUGUGCAAACCCACAAUUUCAUCAGUUGUCUGGGUGGCUGGUCUCAGACGAUCCCGCUGGUGAAGAAGCCGGAUGUGGAGGUCCUGGGCUGGCGUGGUUACACGUGGUCUGCAGUUGUGAGGCCAGUUGGACGUACUGCCAAAUUUUAUAAAACGACAUUGGUAGAGAAAUUAACAUUAAAAUCUCUGGCAACAGCUCUAGUGGACAUUCCUGCAGUCAGCAUGACAAUUGCACACUCCCUCAAAACUUGAGACAUCUGAGACAUUGUGUUGCGUGACGAAACUGCACAUUUUAGACUGGCCUUUUAUUGUCUCCAGCACAAGGUGGACCUGUGUAAUGAUCAUGCUGUUUAAUCAGCUUCUUGAUUUGCCACACCUGUCAGGUGGAUGGAUUAUCUUGUCAAAUGGGAAAUGCUCACUAACAGGGAUGUAAAGUAAUGUGUGCACAAAAUUUGAGAGAAAUAAGCUUUUUGUCCGUAAGGAAAAUUUUGGGGUUCUUUUAUUUCAGCUCAUGAAACAUGGGACCAACACUUUACAUGUUGCAUUUAUAUUUUUGUUCAGUGUAUUUACAGAGUUACAGAAACUCUGUGAAAUUGUUAAAAAGCUAACACUUUCAAAAGUGUAACAUUAACUAUGGGACAAUAUAGUGAGUGUUACAUUUAACACUAUUAGAGCUUAACACUUCCACUUUUGAUUUUGCUGUGUACAAUUAACUUAUUUUUUUUAACAACUUGUCAAUACAUUGCUCUACUCUCUCUUUCUCUCAAGCUCCUGUCUCUGUAUCAGAAGCUACCAUCCUCCCCAACCCUUUCAAGCACUGCCAGGUUUAGACCCCUGUGUCAUGACCUCCUGCUUGCCAUCAUGUCGGAGAUGGAGAUCGUAGAAGACCGGGCCAAGCUGAAACAGGGCCUGGUGAAGGUGCUGCAGUGUAUGACCACCAUCUUCUCAGCGGUGGCUGUGGUCAACCCCAUCUUCGGUAUAGCCGGCUCUCUGAUCCGAGUGGUGCUGCACCACGUGGACGAUGAGGAUAUCCAGACGCUGAAGCGCAAGUUUGGCUAG